UUUCCACUCCGUACAUAUGUGCAAAGCUCGUGCAUCACUUCAUUUACAGCCUCGGACUGCAGAUCUCUUCGUGACGCAACACAGAGAGAACUGGAGAGCGAGAGAGGGGAAGGGUAAAGAUGUUCCUGCGGCGUAUUCUCACUGGGGGAAUGGGAUCGAUGUUGAUGGCGAAGGUGAAGGAGACGACGGGAAUCGUGGGGCUUGAGGUUGUGCCUAACGCCCGAGAGGUGUUGAUAUCGCUAUACACUCGAACGCUGAAGGAGAUCCAGGCCGUGCCGGAGGAUGAAGGAUACCGCAAGGCCGUUGAAAGCUUCACCAGCCACCGCCUCAAAGUCUGCCAGGAGGAGGUGGACUGGGAGCUGAUUGAGAAGCGUAUCGGAUGCGGACAGGUCGAGGAACUUAUUGAGGAGGCCCAGGACGAGCUGAAGCUCAUCGCCAAGAUGAUUGAAUGGGAUCCUUGGGGUGUACCUGAUGAUUAUGAAUGCGAAGUCAUCGAAGAUGACACUCCUAUUCCCAAACACGUUCCUCAGCACCGACCGCCGCCACUUCCUGAAGAGUUCUUCAAGACGCUGGAAGCUGUUCAAUCGAAACCUGCUGCAAAGAACGAGCAGCCAUCCGAUCAGCAGAAGUCGUGAACUAUGCUUAGAACUUUGCAAUAUGCUUUGGAUUUGAAUUUCUGAUAUUUCUUUCUGUUUUCUGUUCUUUUUGUGUUGUUAAUUAAUAAUGUGUGAGGUUCCACCUAAGUGAUGUUAUGCAAGAACCUGUCUGUUGAAAGAAAUUUGUUUCAUCUCCAGGUUUGUGAAUGAUUGGAGAGGGAUUAUGGAGAGUUGGUUUACCAAGAAUUUUAUUGAACUCUUUUGAAUAGAAACAG